UCGUCUCUGGUUUAGAUCAGUUUAUGGUGAACACCCCCUGACAACUAUUGGGAAACACUUCAGUCUCAAGUAUUUUGGCUGUGUUUUAGGGAAAGGGGGAAGAGACAUGAUGAUGCACACACAGUAUGAAAGUGAAAGUGAGGCAGAGCUUUAACAAUUUUCAUCAUGAUAAUUUUCUGUAUUAUUUUCCUUGUCCUUCCAUUGAGCAUGUCCAUGUCGUUGACUGGUUGGGUGCAGUCACCUGGACAUCCGCAUGGGUAUGACCCUGAUGUAAGGCACGAGGAGAAACACUGUGCUCCGAGCGGACACCGAGUCAAACUCACUCUCACGCACUUGGACCUGGAGGAGAGCCAUAACUGUGAGAAUGAUCGCUUGGAGAUAUGGGCAGACGGGGAACUCUUGUUUACUUUGUGUGGACACAGAUCUAUGAGUGAGCUGCAGACAUUCAUCAACCCCAAACUUUACUCCAACCCUGGAGGCUGUCUCAAAAUUUCAUUUUUCACAGACUACUCGAAUCCCACAAGACAUGUUGGUUUUCAAGGCUUUUACACCAUAAAUGAUGUUAAUGAGUGUGACGAGCCUGAAAACAAGUGCACUCAACGCUGCAAUAACUACAUUGGGGGUUAUCGAUGUUUCUGCAGACCAGGAUAUCUCCUUGACCCUGAUCAACACACCUGCAAAGUUAGCUGUGGUGAAAAUCGCAGAGGCUCUCAAGAAGGUGUGCUGAUGUCACCAGACUGGCCUGGGUCAUACCCAGAAAACUCUGUCUGUUCUUAUAUUCUCAGCACAGAAGAGGAUCUGCAGUAUGAAUUAACAUUCACAGAGUUUGAUGUGCAGAUGACAGAGGAUGGACGAUGCAGCGACUCUUUAACAAUAAAAACUCUCUCUGGUAUCUCCGGGCCAUACUGUGGGCAUAAGCGCCCUCCUUCACCUUUCACUACCAGAUCUCACCAUAUUGAAAUCAUCUUCAGGUCUUAUGAUGACGAAGCAAACAAAGGGUUUAGACUCAGUUACAAAACCAAAGAAAAGACAUGUCUUGGAAAUGUGAUCAAAAACUCUCAACUGAUCCCGGAUUUACCUGAAUAUUUCCAGGGUGAUAAGAUUACAGUGCACUGUGCUGAAGGACAUGUAUCACGCUUACUAGAUAGUGUUAAACAUGAGUAUGAAUCUACAUGUCAAAGGAAUGGAGAGUGGAGUCAUGUUAUCCCCUGUAAACUUAUAGACUGUGGCAAUCCACCACUUCCAGAAUUGACAGAGCUAAGGGUCAAGAAUGAUCUUCGCACAACAUUUAAGGAACAAAUCAAUCUCAAGUGUUCAUCUGAAUAUUACCAGAUGACUGGAAAUGGUAACUUCAUCUGUGAUAGUGAUGGUUAUUGGGUAUCUGAAACUGGUCAAAAACUCUCCGAAGCUUUACGUAUAUGUGAACCAGUGUGUGGAAUGAAUGUAGAAAUCCUAGUUGGUGGCAAUGUCUUUGGUGGGAAACCAGCCACACUGGGAGAGAUUCCCUGGCAACUUUUACACCGGCAAAGCCCCAGAGGUGGUGCGGCUCUGAUCAGUGAUCAUUGGGCCCUUACAGCAGCUCAUGUAGUGGAUGGAUUUGAAGAUACAAGCAUGACUUGGUUAGGGGGAUUUGUCAAUGCUAAAAACAAUCAGAAAACAGAAAUGCAGACAGAAAAGAUAAUAAUUCAUCCAGGCUACAUAAAAGUUGGUAAAAAUAAGGAACCACAAAGCUUUGAUAAUGACAUUGCACUUAUAAAAAUGUCUGCCAGGGUGCCGCUCGGUCCAAAUAUCAGGCCAGUGUGUCUACCAAAUACACCUAUAAGUGAGGGAGAAUCAGGAACAAUUUCAGGGUUUGGUGCAUUUAAGAGAAUAGAAAUAAGUCAACUUUUGCGUCAUGGGGAUGUUAAAAUAUAUCCACUUAAUGAAUGUGAUUCAUUGAAUUUCCCUGUCACUGAUAACAUGAUAUGUGCUGGGAAUGAUGGUGUUGACAGUUGUAGAGGUGACAACGGUGGUCCAUUUUUUUACCCCAGAUUGCAGCAGAAGUCUGUAGAUGAGCCCUAUAGGCUUCUAGGUCUCGUGUCUUGGGGUCCUUCUAGAUGUGGAGAUAAAAGAUUUAAAAGUUUCUACACUAAAGUUUUUAACUAUCUCGACUGGAUCAAAGAAACUAUGGAAAAAAACUAACAUCAGCCUUACAUUCAGCUUCACAUGUCAAUGUUAUGUAGGAUGUGUGGCAUGCACGUUUGUGACUCUAAAGAAACUCUACGUCUGUUGUAUGGCGGUAUUUUGGAUUUAGGAUUACUGACACUGAGCAGUUGCUACAUCACGUGGCAAUACAAAAACAUUUCUAGUUUUACAAAUACACAUUUUAGCAUUAUCCCUAAACUGUGUGUGGAUUUUCCUUAAAACCCAUCAAGUUGACUCAUGAUACCAUUGAUUAUAAUCGCAAUCGCACACCGCAAUAUUAGCAUCAAUAACCGCAAUGGGAAAAAUUACCCAAAUCGUGCAGCCCUAUUAAUAACCAAUAUAUCUGUUUCAUCCUCUUCAUGUAUAAAGAAAUGUUGUUUUAUUCUCCUUACUCAAAACAUUAUAACUGACAUGUCAAAUGUUGCUGGUUUGUUGUACUUGAGGAUAUAUAUUAGGGUGUUUGCAUGUUUGGGUAAAAAAAAUAUGAACUUAAGAUAUGUUUUACGUGUUAUUCUUAUAAUGGUUGAGUUAUAAAUCCUCAAAACUAAAAAUCUUCCAAGAUAUUAUGGCUA